UCCGCCCAGUACCAGCGCCUCCAAACAUCCACACAGGGCAGGAACAUCCUCAGAAGUCUUCAUUUCGACAUAUCCAACAUGCCUGACAUCCCGCCACUGGAACCACCAUGGGACAGUGUGCCAAGAAUAGAGAUCAGGCCAAUACCAAAGAGCAUGCACCGCAUCGAGAACAAGGCCCGGCGGGAACACCGCACAUUCCACCUUUCACAUAACACUACCACCACAUACUACUACACGGACGCCAGCUACAACAACGAGACAAAACUAGGCAACACAGCUGUUGUUGGCCCAGAAUUCAAGAAGGCCCAUCACCACUCCAACGCCCCUACGUCAACAUCACUUGAGAUCCAGGCCAUCGCAGAAGCCAUCCAGCAGCACAAUGGUACCGACAACAUCACCAUACGCACAGAUAGUCAAAGCGCCAUACGCCACUUCAGACAGAACACGCUACCGGUUCACAUCAGAGCUGUACUAGUCAAGCAU